AUGUAAUAAUAAAAGAAAUCUCAGCCUCCAGCUGUUUUAAACAGAACAAGAUCUCUUGGAAAGCAAUAAUAAUAGAAGCCACAAUAACAAUAAUAACAAUAGCAAAUUCAACAACAACCUAAACAGGGAUUUACUUAAUUGCCAAGUUAAAAACUGACUAAUAUCAAAACAGUUGAUCCUUUUUCUGAUAAAUCUAAAUAGAAAACGUAGUUAUAAAUUAAUAAUAAAGAAAUUCAUUUGCCUAUGUCUACAAUGCUGGUGGAAUUCCUUGUAGAGUGAAUCAUGGUUGUAAUACAAUGAAAUUAUAAUGGAAUUAAGGAGUUGAAAUAGGUCACUUGCCUUAUGACCCAUUAAUGGUUACAUGCUUUGAAGGUUUGGUUGAAGAAGCCCAUCCAUAUUGCUUCAUUGCCACUAAUGCAAUAAAAGAUAUGCUCAAUGAAUAAGUUUUAAAUUUAAAUUUUAUAAUCUUUUAGAAUGCACAAGAGAAAGUCAUACCUAUUCUGGCAAAAUUGGUUUGGCCUUUAAGAACUGCUUUAUCUAGUUAAAACGACAAAGUCUUUAUGUCCUCUUUGGAAAUUUUAAAGUAACACUUAUUAUGACUGAAUUUAGAUUACUCUCCAAUACUAUAGGUUCUCAUCUCAAUAGUCAUCUUAAGAAUCUCCUAGUGCCAUUGAGUAAAAGAAUGGAUAAAAAGAAUCAGAAGGAAAUUAUACAAGAUGUUUUAAGAUAAAUACAAGAUAAUGGAGUAAUUAUAUUGUAUCAUAAUAUAAAGGGACCAGACACAUUGAAAGUAAUCAAAGCAGCAAUUCCUACUUAUACGAAUAUGUGAG